AUGGAGCUGUCUCCAGGGCAGUGUGAUGAUCCUGCAGCCUGGGAGUACGACCUGGACCCAGAGCCUGACCCCGAUGCACAAGCCGAGGCUUACGUGGCCCGUGUGCUCAGUCCGCCGAAACCCGGGCUCGAGUCCCGCCCCGCCAUGCCACUGCCCGUGCCCGCCGCGUUCCCUGGCGUCUUGGAGCCACGAGUGGCGUCCAAGGCUUCGGCCGUAGGUGCCCCGGGCCUGCUGAGCCUCCCCCCGGAGCUGCUGCUGGAGAUCUGCGCCUACCUGGACGCCCGCCUCGUACUUCAGGUCCUGCCACGCGUAUGCCACGCGCUGCGCGAUAUUGUGCGUGACCAUGUCACCUGGAGGCUACGCGCACAGCGCCGCUUACGCGCGCCCUACCCAGUGGUGGAAGAGGAGGACUUCAACUGGCCAGCUGCCUGCAUUGAGCUGGAGCAACACCUGGCGCGCUGGGCGGAGGAUGGGCGUCGGACUGAGUACUUCUGCCUGGCCGAUGGGCACUUUGCUUCUAUUGACUCAGUGCUGCUGCUCCAGGAUGGAGCUCUCUGCUUGUCAGGUUCCCGAGAUCGUAAUGUCAACCUGUGGGACCUGCGGCAGCUGGGAACGGAGCCCAGCCGGGUUCUUGUGAAGGCCCUGGGUACUCAGCAGAGCAGUACCCACAAGGGUUGGGUAUGGACGCUGGCGGCCCAGGACCACCGUGUGUGCUCCGGCUCCUGGGACAGCACUGUGAAGCUUUGGGACAUGGCGGCUGAUGGGCAACAGUUUGGCGAGAUAAAGGGCAAGGCGGCUGUGUUGUGCGUCUCCUAUCUGCCUGACAUCCUGGUGACGGGUACUUAUGACAAGAAGGUGACCGUCUACGACCCCAGAGCUGGCCCAGUCCUACUGAAGAGUCGGCGACUUCACUCCAGUGCAGUGCUGGCUCUGCUGGCCGACGACCGGCACAUCAUCUCUGGCAGUGAGGACCACACGCUUGUGGUGUUCGACCGCCGAGCCAACAGUAUCCUGCAGCGGCUGCAGCUGGACUCCUACCUGCUCUGCAUGUCCUACCAAGAGCCCCAGCUCUGGGCUGGUGACAACCAUGGCCUGCUGCAUGUCUUCGCCAACCGUGAUGGCUGCUUCCAGCUUGUCCGGUCCUUCGACGUGGGCCACAGGUCUCAGAUCACAGGGAUCAAACACUCGCUAGGGGCCUUGUACACCACAUCCACUGACAAGACUAUCCGGGUGCAUGUGCCCACAGACCCACCAAGGACCAUUUGCACUCGUAACCACCACAACGUGCUCAAUGGGAUCUGUGCUGAGGGCAACCUGGUGGUGGCGGCUUCUGGGGGUCUGUCACUGGAAGUCUGGCGGCUACAGACCUGA